AUGGUAAGCAUUCCUCCUUAUUCUGAUCCGGGCCUAGCUGCAGCCUAUAAGGUUUCUGAAGAUAUUGAAUUAUAUAUACGGAUUAAUAAAGCUCAGCGUGAGCAGCCUGCUGACUGUACCUAUCGCCUGGUGCAGCUGGAAGCCCAGGAGCGCGGUAUGUGUUUUGACCCCUUUAUCGUCGGGCUGGCUAGCUAUAUGAAUUAUGGCCUUCCAGUUAACUGUCUAUAUUAUGCGUUUCGGCUGUAUAACCCGAAGGUUACCUACGAGGGCUCCUUUGACCGGAUUUCUAAGUGA